UUUGUACUUAGUUGAAAUUCGUUGAAUGGUAGCAACUACCAAGCAAAGAAAGCAGUACUAGCAUUUAUGAAAACAAUGGAGGAAGAAGCUGUGGAAAUAGAGAGCUUAGAGAAGAGUUUAUUAGAAGACAAUGAAGAAGAAGCAGUGUUAUAUGCAGCAUCGUUUAAGGAAAUGGAGAAGAAUUUCAUCAAGUACCAAACAGUACAGUGGAUACUUUACUCAUUGUUACUUAUAUUAGCUUGGGGAAUUGGGUUACUCAUGUUGCUUUAUAUACCAAUCAGAAGGUUUAUAGUUAGGAAAGAUAUUGGUUCUAGAAGCCUUUACCUUACUCCAGAUGCUAUUGUUUAUAAGGUCACAAGGCCUGUACCAUUUCCGUGUUUUGGGAUGCUGCGUAAAGAGAAGCAUGUUUUACUGCAUUCUGUGGCUGAUGUUGUGGUUGAACAAGGGUACUUGCAAUCCCUUUUUGGUGUAUACUCUCUUAGAAUUGAAAAUGUUGGAGUUAGAAGGCCACCCAGUGACGAUGUUAAAAUCCUCGGCGUUGCAAAUCCUAACGAUUUCAAGAAGGCUGUUAUGAUGCGCCUAUCAAACAUAAGAAAUGAGAUAGUUUCAAGACAAGCGUCAACAUUAGAAGACUCUUCACAUUUGAUGAUGUCUCCUCGUUCUAUGGAGCUGCUGCUAAUGCAGAAACUAGAGGAAGUUGGAAGCUCUGUCAAGCAAAUACAGACUUUUUUUGAGAGACAACAAUCUCAAACAAGGGAACCAUAGAUUGAGAGAUUAGAGAGUGGUGAUGGAAUAAGGUAAUUGCAUCAGAUAUCUCUGUCAGAGAAGUUCUGAUCCAACAAAUAUUAGUACUACUGCUACUUCAUUGGCUGCAACCUGGAAGAGCAAGAUAAUAUGCAAUGUAGCUAGAUAUUCAUUAUUUGUUUGUAUCUUUUAGGGUUCAAUAAAUUAAAGAGAUAUUUUUUUUUUUCUUAUUUUUUAUGUUUCUUUUUUUUGGCUAAGAAGUUUUGGUUAUUCUAAUAUUGGGUUUAUGUAUUAUAAAUUAGAAAUCAAUAGAAUUGAUACAAAUCAAAUACAAUAAGGAAACGUGUCGAAGUUUCUAUACGCGUGGAAGCGAGUUAAAGACGAAAUACAUGCAAGUGAAGACAUAUCAAUUUCUGGAGAUAUGAACGUUCGCGACAGUUAUUUAGAUUUCAGUAUUGUUAAGAAGUGUGGGUUUGGCCUAACUCAACCCUACAAAACCGGCUUGUAGGGUGAGGAUUGCCCCCACUUAUAAGGACAUGUUUAGGCCAUAUAUUGUCCGAUGUGGGACUCU